UUUGUGUUGAGGGGGACUGUUUCUAAUCUCUAAUAUGCAAUGAACAGAAGUCUUUAAAAAUCAAAAUAGCAAUACCACAAUGUGCAAACUGCUAUGACAGUUGACAGACACAUUCCUCUUUUUAUUCCUGUUUAUCAGUAAUCACCUUUGACCAGGUGCAAUGAUUACAUACUGAGUCCCAGUUACCAAUUUUGUUUUGAGAAAAUAUACACUUUAUCUAUCAAGAAUAAAUCACAUUGUCACAAUCAUUUCAUGAGAAGAGGUAAAAAAUAUUUUAUUUGUGAGUUUGAGAUAACCAGGACUUUCUAGAGCUGGUCACCCAGCCAAACUGAGUAACUGGUCGAAUGUGCAAAGUACAGAGAUAUCCUGUAAACCUGGUCCAGAGGGAUCAGGAUCUCUGGCUGGACCAGGGGGUCAUCUUCUGACAGGACAAUGACCCUAAGCACACAGCCAGUACAGUGCAGUAGUGGACAACUCUGUGUUUUUGAGUAACCCAGCCAGAGCUCUGACUGUGCUCUGAGAAUCUGUAGAGAAGAUGAGCAGAAAUUCAGAUGUGCAAAGCUUGUUGAAUCAUACCCAAGAAGACUGGAGGCUGUAAUUGCUGCCAAAGAAAUGUGAGAGCCUCAACCACGAUGCAAAAAGCCUUUAUCAUUUUAUUGAUAAUUUGGAACUCAUCCACCUUUGCCUCAGGAAAAACAGGCAAAUACGACCUUCAAGUUUCACUGGGAUGUCAAGCUGUGAUACCUUGUCAACUUAAGAGGACUGACUCAGACUCUUUCAAAUGGCAUUACAAGAAGGACAAACAUAGUCAAACAAUGCAGAUAUAUUUUCAGAAUAAGCAGGGACUACAACAUUACAGUAGUGCCUUUCGUCUCAGAGGGAGUGUUGGACACAAUCGUUCCUUGGUCAUCAAUUCUUUUACAGAGGAUGAUCAAGGCCUGUACUCGUGUGGAAACUGUUAUCAAGACACCUGCAAUUAUGACAAGCCCACAGUCGUCAGAGUCAAGAAAGAAAUUCAGAAGGAAAUUAUUGAGACAUCUUAUGUGACUGCAGGCAGUGAUUUUACACAUGAAUGUCCAGGUGAAUUCACUAACUUAAAAUGGACUUUUGAAGCAAGUAACAUGACUGCUGUCAGGAUCUCAGCCGUAAGAUCGAAAACAGAGUUUGUGACUUCCAGCAAGUCUAUACGCAUUGUAAACGUCAGAGGAGCAGAUGCUGGGAAAUAUACCUGCUGGACAAGUAGUUGUGAUGGACACAAACACAAGCUACUCACUGUCAACUUAUGUGUAAUCACAGCUCACCAGAGUGGGGAUUCAUCUUGUGCUGUGAUAUGUGACGUGGAAUUCACUAACAUCAAAUCUAAUAACACUGCAAAUGAGGAGACCGGCACAAGGAGUAUAUCAGUGCAUGGAUAUCCAUAUGGGUCUUUAAAUUGCAGUGAAAAGCAGAUCUUUGAUGUUUACAGUGCAGUUAACAGCACUCACAUACCAUCAAGUACUUCAAACAAAACGACAGGUACACCUACAGAGCCUGAAUAUUUGACCACAGUUAUUUAUGGAACAUCAGCAGUCCUUGCAUUUUUUAUUUUAACGGCACUUAUAAUUUUCUUCAUCCGAGGAAGAUUGCGGGCAGAUUUUUCUGAUCGUCGUUCUGGCUGUGACAAUGAUGGAAGAUUGGAAGAGGAGACUUCGGUGAUUUAUACAUCAGUUAUCAUCAAGAGACCUGCAAAGACAACAAACUAUCAUAAAUCUUACACUGAUUGUGUGUAUAGUGAAAUAAAUGUAUAGAGAAAAGGUCCCAAAUUAGGUCCUCAUUGUCACAUGAUUAAAUUAAUCCCACCACCCACCCCAAAAAAGACCUUAUGUUUUUUGGGAAAAAGUGUUGGUGACUUCACCCACGCUGCUCUGAAGGGGAAUUUUGAAGAACUGAUUGAUUUUGCUAAGGAAGUUUCCUAUCUGAGUGAAAUGACCAAACAGCAGCCAUGAUAAGAUCUGACUGAACAAUGAGAAAAGUACUUUAUUAGUACUUUAAAAUAUUUAUAUAUGUACAGAUAAUUUUAAUUAAUUAAAAAAAAAAACAUUGAUAUUUAUUACUGGUUGAUGAUGAUUUCUGUUAAAAUUAUAUCACUUGUGUGUGCAGUCUUUAGAUACAGUAGCUGAUUGAUAGUCAUGGGGAAAUAUUGCACUUUUUAUUUUCACUAGAAAUGUACCAUAGUUUUAGUGCACCUUAAGCAUAGAUAAAGUUGCUCAUCUGUGUGUAAAGCAGUUAAAAUUAGCCUCACGUCAGCCAGCUACAACAUUAAAAUGCUCACAUACAGGUGAGAAGUAAAAAAAAAAAAAAAAAAAAUUGAGGAACUUUACAUGAGAUUUACUUUACACCUCUGUUUUACCAGUUUGUUGGGAAAUAGCUACAGUUUUUGUUCCGCUCCAUUUACAGAUUUUACUUACAAAACAUAUGAUCAACUUGAAAUAUCAGUUGUAAUAGAUUAAAAAACUAUGCAAGACUAUAUGAAGUGGGCUCGUUAAAAUCGGUGCCACCUCGACCAGCCAGUUAUUGCACCACGCAUAUGUUAGUCUACGAUGUAGACUCUACGUGAUAGUUUGACUUUUGAAAACAGCUACAUCUGUUUUUUCAAGUUUUUUUUUUCCUUUUGAUUCAGCACCCAACUACUUAACGAAAGUUUUGUGUACGGGUAUUUUAAUGUAGCGUUACUUAACGUCUUCCACAACUGACUGCAUAUUAAAUAACUGUACUCCUGUAGGUGGCUGUAAUGCGCCCUAAAGUUGAAUCCUAGCCUCCGCGGAACACACCAGAGGAAGAACAGGAUAACGUUUCAUUCACUGUAGCUCAGUGUGUUCAGACUCACUCUGUCAGUUAGCAGAGGUAUUUGGUCUUUUGUGUAAAUCGGCUCUUUGCUUUCUUGGGUAGAUAUUAGUCAUAAUAUUCCAGUAAUUUGACGUUGACAACCUCAGCACGGCAACCUGAGCUACGUAGUAGCUAACGGAUAAUAUCAAACUUAGCUAGCUGCUAGCUAGCCGUGGGUUGAUUGAACAAGCACGCGAGGCCUACCGCAUCCUCGGUUUUUCCUUUGGAGGCUCUACCGAAGACGAACACACCAACAUUUUCUCGGUUUUCUUCAGCUGUAUCGUUUUUCCACGGGGUUUCUCAG